AUGUGGUCGAUGUCGGAGUCAGACAAGGAUCACCUGCCGCGUAUUAAGAGGGCGGUGACGUUUCCCAAAGGCGACAUUUCCAUCAUGCCCUCUGUCACAGCAACCUGCCGUUCUUCCGAACCCCUUCCUCGCCUGUGCACGAGCACGGCCACGCUAGGCCGCAUCUAUGCACCGAGCGCACCACACCGCAUCACGAACGGGACUGCGAGCAUACACGGCCGCGCAUCUCCUGGGCGCCGUCUUCACGCUGUACCUGCCGGAAGUCGAGCGCUUACAACGAAGGAUAUGCACUGCAGGCAUCCGUACCAUCUCAUGCCCCUUGGAUCCUCCUACCACACACCCGUUGGCUACUACAGAGAUGCGCUUCGCUUUUCACAGACCGUGGAGGAGUCCCAGAGGACAGCGAUCAAAUUUGAAGAAGGGUGGUGUUGGUCGCACUUGCAGAAGAAGUGCGUGUCUCACGCGCAGCGGAUUGUACCUACUUUUAGGGAGCCUCGGCAUUUAGCAUGGAACGCGGAGCCGCCUCAGCCCGCGAAGGCGGUUGAGCCUCCCGUGUUUCUCAUCGUGGCCUACGACUCCAUGUCAUCUGUAGCGGAAAGCAAAAUGGAAGAUCAAGGUUAUAACUCCUUCUCUCUGCCAUCACCCGGCCUACUGCAGGAGAGCGAGGACGACAAUGUCGCCGAGAAUGUGAUGAGGGCACACAAUGUCAGCAUGCAUGAAGGCGAGUCUACAGCGGGCAACUCGGCCACACCUCCUCUCUCUCUCGGCGAUGAACUGUCGCGGCGCCUGUGCGAGGCGAAGGAGCAUCGGCCUACCCUGACUGUCCAGUUAACAGGUCCGCCAGGACAUGCUGCGUCCAAGGCCGAUAAACGAGACGCAGACGAGCAACCCGAGGCUUUGGAACAGCCGUCCCCUCAGUUAGUGGAGACGUCUUUGACGUCACACUCGAUUCAGCCAUCCACCUCACACUACUAUACCGAGCCAGCACCGGCUGUGGUGCCGGUCUCGGAGCUCGCCGUGUACCCACUGGAGCUUCGCGCUGCCGCACACGAAGAUUCAAGAACGACAUUGAAGACGCUGACGAUGCCUGGGUCGCUACACGGUGACCCGGGGCGGCUAAUUUGCGUAGAUGCGCUGCGCACUGAGCGCAUGCGCGAGGCGCUGCAGUGGGUAAAGGCUGCCAUUCAGCACGCGGCGGGGUUGAAGGCACACAGCUCCCCCGCUCCACCCCAACUGUAUUCAUUGGACGCGGCGCAGAGCUGUGCGUGA